AUGGCUGCAGCGUGUGGCCGUCACUCUGUUGUCUCGGGAAAUAUGCUGCCACGCCUUCACUUGUGUGUUGCUUCGGGGCCAAUGUGCUGGCGGCUGUGCGAUUGCCGGAUGGAGGGAGAGGGAAAGGAGCGGAAGGAGGUGCGUGAGCGCAGCGGUCAGGAGUCGCGCUGGGCGUCCCGCCGCGGAGGGCAUUGCCCACCCAGCCCAGCACCGCUCCUGUCGGGCACCCUCUCACUAUGCAGCGUCGUAUUCGACGCCACCAGCACGCAGCGAGGCAGCGGAUGCCGCACCGCCACGAGUGAGAGCGGAGGGGAACACGUCUGCUGUUGCGUUCCGAGGAGGCACACCAUGUGGCACAGUGGCGUGCCCACAACCUCCUCGCAGAGUCUGCACACGACACCGAGCACUGGAUGUGGGGUGUUUGCGUCAUGGAGGAGACUUCGGUGGAGACAUUCCUCCCUCCAGGUGGACGGACGCCUGAGUUUCCUUUUGUUCUUACUCAGGCGGAUGGCUGCGCGAUGA